AUGUCGACUGUAGUAAAUGCUGUGGCCGAUUUACUUCAAACGGUAGCUGCCGGGCAAGCUUUAGUGAAUAAUAUCGCACCUACUACAUCGGUUGCCGAUUUUUACAGUAUUCGCCUCGAGUUAGGAAAUAACCAAGAUGCCAGUGGUAAUCCCCCUUCUGUAAUUCUCACCGACUUUUCAAACGCACAAUUCUAUGGCGUCUUUGAGGGGAGUAGUCAAAACCCCUCUGAACAGUGCCGAAAUUACGAAGAUCUUCCGACAAGGCUAGAUGGUAGAAGCCCGGCGCUUUUCAAUGGCCUCCAAUACGGAGAGGCUCCUGUCCAGACAUUUACAACUAAAGAACAGUACAAACUCAAAUCGAUAGAUUUCCAGGCAGGUAGUAACUCUAUCUGCGUUUCAAACAUAAUCGUCAAAGGUAGCAAAACUCAAUCUCGGAAAGAUGAAGUCUUUAUUCCCAUUGGCGACCUUGGAUUCCUAUGCGGCCGAAAAUGGAAUUGGGGUACAAUUUUCGGCGGGGUCCGUCAACGUUGUAUUUGGCUCGGGGGACAAGCCAGUAGGUCCAAUACAACCAUCGAAUCUCUACAUCUUGAUAUGGAGAAUAUUGCUAGAAUCUUCAACAGCGACAAAAAUGAAGAGCUCAAGAAAACUAAACUUGAAGAUGUUUGUAGAUUAUUUAGCGAUAGCGCUGGUUUGAUACCCAAUCGAAACAGUUGCAAACCAUCAAUCAUGCGAAAUUCUAAUCCAAAAAAUAUUACCAUUAGUACUGUUCCAAUGAUUCAUAUUUCUUCUUCACAAUUUUUAAGCGGCUCUAUUCCAACUGAAAACUUUCUGGGCGCAGGGUUUGUUACAACUGACAACAAAAUAUUUGACAGUCAAACGAAAAAAUUCAGCGAUCUAACAGAUGAGAUUUUUGAGACCGACCCCCUAGAUCUACCGGAUGAAGCAUACUCUGAGAUAUAUCCUGGAAACACCGAGGAACAAAUUCUGGCUCCCGAUAUAACGAUGAGUAGUGAUACGCAAGAAGAUGAGAAACAGGAUGGUGAGAAGCUUGUGGGACAAGAUUUAUUCUUGGGACAAAGUCUUCCAAUUGAUCAAAUGCUUGCCAGCGAAAUGAUUGCGGAGCAAACGCGCGUAGAAGAAGCCAUCGAAGACGAAAUUGUCAACCAACUAAUCGUUGAAAACCUUAAGAUUGAUGCAGAGACGGAGAGCGAAAUCCCAACAGAGGCUGAAAUAUUGAACGAAGAUAUUACGCCUACCGAAGAAAUUCUUCCUCAAAGCGAACUUCUUGAAGAAGCAAUUUCAGAGGAUAGAUCAAUUGUAGAGGAAGUAUCCACUCAAAACGAAAGGCUCACAGAAGAAAUAUCAGCGGUGGAUGAAUUAAUUGCAGAAAGUGAGGCACUAAAAGAAGAACUUAUAAUUGAAAAAAUGGUCAAAGAUGCAAUAGAGGAAAACGUAAUUGCAGAUGAAAUUUUUGCAGAGAACGCAACACAAAAUGACAAACCUUUAGUUGAGGAAUUAUUAGCCGAAAAUGAUGAGCUAGCAGAGAAAAUAUCUGUAGCCGAAGAAAUUAUUGCCCAAAAUUUGGCGGUUACAGAAGAUUUGGCUAUUGAUCAACUUUUAAACGAAGCGCCGGUUGAGAGCGAACUGGAGGAAGCCGCGAUUGUAACAGACGAACUAUUGAUCGAAAAUGAAAAGCUUACAGAAGAUAUAUUGUUAGCGGAAGAACUUAUUGCUGGAAAUGACGCUAUUACUGAAGAGCUAGCUUCCGAAAAAAUUUUAGAAGAAGAGCUCGCUGAAAAAAAGUUGUUAGCGGAAGAAAUAAUUGCCGAAAAUGAGGCAAUAACUGAAGAACUUAACGGCGAACAAUUGCCUUACCAAUCAUCUGCUGACAGUGAAGUGGAAGAAAUGGCAAUUGUCGCGGAUGAACUUUUGACCGAAAAUGAAAACCUCCAGGAGGAUAUAUCGGUUGCAGAAGAGCUAAUCGCCAAAAACGAAGCAAUUACUGAAGAGCUUGUUAUCGACCAGAUGCUUCAAAGUAUUAGUUCGGAAAACUUAUCACCAGGCGAAGAAUUUAUUGCCAAUAUAGAGGCACAGGAAACCGCCAUCGCAGUUGAAAAUCUAGAUGCAGAAAAUGAGCGGCUCGCAGAAGAUAUCUCUGUAGCCAAAGAGAUUAUUGCAGAGAAUAGAGAGACAACAGAGGAGCUUGCCGAAAAAAUGGUUGAAAUAUCUGUGGAGGAGACUCUCUCAGAUGGAAGGUUAGCUGAUGCCAUGUCGGAAAAUGAGGUAUUCAUGGACGACGGAUCAAGCGAAAUGUUCCCUAGCGGUGAAUCAUUUAAAGAAAGCGAAGAAUUUGGAGGAAUAUUUGAAGAUGAAGCGCUCGCAGAGAAUGAAGAAAUUGAUGAUGGAAUCCCCGAAGAUAAUCUUGCCCAAGACGAAGUGUUUGAGAAAAUGCUCGAAUCUGAAGAUUUUCCUGAAGAUGACAUAUUUGAUGAUUUUAUGGACGAGCAAGGGGCUACGGAUAACGAAUUUUACCAAGAAAUCGGCGAAGAAGGCGCACAGGCAUCCGAACCAUACAUGGAAGAAGGGUAUGAAGUGAUAUCUAAGAAUGUAGCUGAUGAAGAACUUCGAGAUGAUUGGGAAGAUUUAUCCGAUCUAGAAGGCUUUGGUCGAAAGCCACGCUACAGUAACCUGAGAGUAGAAACGUGCCAGGCAACUACUGAUGGAGUCUCACCUGACUGUACACUGGACAAGGUAGUUACGGCGGACAAACUACCGGUUGUGCCGAAGCUGAGAACUUCUUAG